CAGGGCGGGCUAUGGCCGCCGCCGCCGCCGCGCGUUGAGGCCCCGCCGCUCACCCGGGCCGGGAUGCCCCGGGGGGGGCCCGGGCCGCCGCCGGAGCCAUGGAGGAGGAGGGCAAGAAGGGCAAGAAGCCUGGCAUCGUGUCCCCGUUCAAGCGCGUGUUCCUGAAGGGCGAGAAGGGCCGGGACAAGAAGGCCCAGGAGAAGGUGACGGAGCGGCGCCCGCUGCACACCGUGCUGGUGGCACCGCCCGACCGCGUGGAGCCCGACCUGCUGCUCCACGACUACAUCGAGAAGGAGGUCAAGUAUUUAGGGCAGCUCACGUCCAUCCCGGGGUACCUGAACCCCUCGAGCCGCACGGAGAUCCUGCACUUGAUCGACAACGCCAAGAGAGCCCACCAGCUCCCAGGGCAGCUGACCCCAGAGCAUGAUGCUGUCAUCAGCCUCUCUGCCUACAACAUCAAGCUGGUGUGGAGGGACGGGGAGGACCUGAUCCUCAGGGUGCCCAUCCACGACAUCGCCUCCGUCUCCUACAUCCGGGACGACUCCGCACACCUGGUGGUGCUCAAGACAGCUCAGGAUCCCGGCAUCUCGCCCAGCCAGAGCCUGUGUGCCGAGGGCUCCAAGGCGCUGACGUCGGGCUCGCUGUCGGAGAGCGCAGGGGGGCCCCUGGAGUGCUGCUGCCUGGUGGUGCUGGCCACAGAGAACAAGGUGGGUGCUGAGGAGCUGUGCUCCCUGCUCAGCCAAGUCUUCCAGAUCGUUUACACCGAGUCCACCAUCGACUUCCUGGACCGCGCCAUCUUCGACGGGGCCUCGACACCGACCCGGCACCUGUCCCUGCACAGCGAUGACUCUUCCACCAAGGUGGACGUGAAGGAGCCCUUCGAGGCGGAUGCCAGCACUUUUUCCUUUGCAGACACGCUGGAAGCGGGGGACACGUCCCCGUCCCCGCACGUCACCACGGCCAGCGAGAGCGAGCUCAGCACCACGGCCACCGAGCUGCUCCAGGACUACAUGAUGACGCUGCGCACCAAGCUGUCCUCUCAGGAGAUCCAGCAGUUUGCCAUGCUGCUGCAUGAGUACCGCAACGGCGCCUCCAUCCACGAGUUCUGCAUCAACCUCAAGCAGCUCUACGGGGACAGCAGGAAAUUCCUGCUCCUGGGCCUGCGGCCCUUCAUCCCCGAGAAGGACAGCCAGCACUUCGAGAACUUCCUGGAGACCAUCGGCGUCAAGGACGGCCGCGGCAUCAUCACCGACAGCUUCGGGCGCUACCGCCGCUCGCUGGGCCCCGCCGCCGCCUCCAACGGCACCGCCGCCGGCAGCUCCGACGAGCAGUCCGUGCCCUCCGAGGAGGACGAGUGGGACAGGAUGAUCUCCCACAUCAGCAGCGACAUCGAGGCCCUGGGCUGCAGCCUGGACCGGGACUCGAACUGAGGCGGCCCCGGAGCUGCUCCCGCGGGGCACAAGACACCCCUGAGGGGGGACAGGAGCUGCCCUCGGGGGGACCCG